AUGGUUAGUAGAUGUAUGCAUAUGCCAUCGGAUGAGUACUGUAAUCUAUAUGGUCCCAUCUAUCCAACUUAUACCGUAACCCACAAAAUCUGCUCCGUUUGCCACCAUCCAAUCCUUGAGCAGUACUUCCUCGUCCUCGAAAGUCGCCCCUACCACUCUCACUGCCUACGAUGUGCCCUUUGUCAUUGUGGAUUAUCCUAUGAGACAUCCUGCUAUGUGAAGAAUGGUUUGGUGCUAUGCCGAAAAGACUACACAGCAAAAUUCCGACGGUCUUGUGCAAAAUGUCACGUAACUCUGGAAUGUGAUGAUAUUGUAAUGAGAGCUCGUGACGCAGUAUUUCAUGUACAGUGCUUUUCCUGUGCGGUUUGCGGAAUUCAACCAAACGUUGGUGACAUUUUUGCCAUGACACGGCAUUUUGAAAUACUCUGUCAAGUGUCAAGUGGACCUGAAUGGUCCUAG